ACACCCAAAGUCUUACAUUGUGCUCUAUAUAAACCCGCAUGCUCAGAGGAUCAACAGGUAGUCCGUGAUUUAGAAGCCUCUCGAAAGCUUGAGCAUCAGCGAAGUCCUAGAAUGAAAACUGCCAUUCUGUUCCUUUUUUCUAUCUUUGUAGCCGCCAACUGCACGUCUGUCGCUUUCACCAGCAGCAAAUUAGGAACCAGGACUCCUGUUAGUCGUAGCAAUGUAUUCUUCAACAUGGGUGACAGCAACGUCGCUUACAGCAUCAACCACCGACCAAGCGGCGGUCGCGACACUUCCGUUUCCGUCACUCGCAAUGUUCCCGCUCGCCCAGCCGCAGUCGCCGUUCCCGCCAUCGUGCGUGCUCCCGUCGUCGUCAAAGAAGCCUACAAAGUCCCCGUCGCCGCGGUGGAAGUUCCCGUUCAACUUCCCUUCUAUGCUCCCGUGAAUGUUCCAGCGUCGCUUCCAUUGGUUCUGGACGCUCCUGCUGUCGUCCAGCAAAUCCAUCCCGCGCCACUUCCCGUCGCCGCUGUUCCACAGGCUCCGAUCCCGGUGCCUUUCAACACAGUGGCUUACGACAAUGCUGUGGAUGCUUAUCAUCUAGCAGAUCCGUUCGCAUUCGGUCCCCAUCCAUUUGCGGCGGAUUACCAGGCCUUUUUCGUCUAAGUGCUGCUGCCGAUCGAUCGCGUCAUGUUAUGAGUCCGUGCAAAUAUGACUCAGUGUUUUGUUCACGACGGAGCUAUAGCGGGGCACAUUGUGUGUGCCAAAUCUACUCAUGUCCACCUGUUGAUUGUUAGUUGUAUUAGGUUCAGCAGUUUGUACGUUCUCCUUUUUCUUAUCCAGUAAUUUUCCACGUUAUCGUUGGUUUUUCCUAUGCAUGCGAAUCACUCCUAUGUCGUGAGAGUCGGUCCUUUUUUUUUUCUCGUCAGGCCUCAUGGUCGACUCAAUGUGUAGCGUGUAUUACAUUCGGCAUUUGCCCAACAGCAAAAUAAAUACAGAAAACAAGUUCUCCGAGAA